GCAACUUCGUCUUUUCUCUCUCUAGAUUUUCUUCAGACCAACUAAUUAAUCUCUCUCUUUCUUUCUCUCCAAUAUUAUCAUGCGUUUUUAAAAUUCCGAUCUCUUUCUUUUAUUUCAGAGCUUUCUGGAGAGAUUAUAAAUGGCAUCUGGAUUUCCCGGCGGUGGUGGUGGACCGGAGUUUUACGGCGUUGGUGGUAGAUCCAUGCCUGGAGGUCCCAUGAACUCCGGUAACAAUAAUCCUCAGAUUCCCGGAAUUUUCCUCGAUCAGAUCGGAAACAGAAUCUCUAGCGGAAAUGGAAUCGGAGGGAAACGUACUUUAGCUGAUUUUCAAGCGGCUCAGCAGCAACAGCAGUCGUUUCAUAAUCAAGCCGCUAUCAACGCGUUUCUUCUAAGGUCCGUGAAGCCUAGAACGUUCCAGAAUCUUCAGUCGUCGCCGGCGAUCGAUAUGAGCUUGUUCGGUGGUUCCUCUCAGCGUCCGUUUCUUCCGAAUCUCAGGUAUCAGACGCAGCAGCAACCGGAUUACAGUGGGGUCCGAAUUGGAUUCGGGUCGGGUAAUCAGACGCUAUCGGGCGUUCCGUGUAUUGAACCGGUUCAGAACGUAAACCGGGUUGAAGAAUCGGAGAACAUGCUGAAUAGUUUAAGAGAGCUUGAGAAACAGCUUUUAGAUGAUGAAGGCGGUGAUGAUGACGUGUCAGUUAUCACCCAUUCCAACAGCGACUGGCUACACGGCCUCGUGACUCCCAACCCUACCCCGAUUUUGUCUUCUUCACCGAGCUCUUCUUCCUCGUCUUCUUCGCCUUCAACGGCCUCGACGACCACGUCGGCAUGCUCCAGGCAAACGGUGAUGGAGAUCGCGACGGCGAUCGCCGAGGGGAAGACGGAGAUAGCGUCGGAGAUUCUAGCGCGUGUCUCUCAGACGCCGAGCCAGAGGAGGAAUUCCGAGGAGAGGCUGGUGGAUUUCAUGGUGACGGCGCUUCGGUCGCGGAUCAAUCCGGCGGAGAGCUCUUCUCCGGCGACGGAACUGUACGGGAAGGAGCAUGUAACCUCCACUCAGUUGCUCUACGAGCUGUCUCCUUGUUUCAAACUCGGUUUCAUGGCCGCUAAUCUCGCUAUUCUCGACUCUUCCGGUAACAAAAACGACUCGUUUCACGUCAUAGAUUUCGAAAUCGGUGAAGGUGGACAGUACGUUAACCUCCUUCACGCGCUCUCCACGCGCCGGGGCUGUAAUAGUAAUAAUCCUCUGGUGGUCAAGAUCACCGCCGUUAACAUAAGCGACGGAUUCUCUGUCGCCGGCAACCGUGGAGAGGAGAGGCUGAAAAUCGUUGGAGAUCGUUUGAGCGAACUCGGUGAUCGACUCGGAAUCUCGUUAAGGUUUAAUGUGGUGGCGGGUUUAAGACUCGGCGAUCUGAGCCGUGAAUCGCUUGGAUGCGAUCCCGACGAGCCUUUAGCUGUGAACUUGGCUUUCAAACUCUAUCGUGUUCCAGACGAAAGUGUAUGCAUGGAGAAUCCUAGAGACGAGCUUCUCCGGCGCGUGAAAGGACUCAAUCCGAGCGUGGUCACUUUAGUGGAGGAGGAGAUGAAUUCCAACACGGCGCCGUUUUUGGGCAGGGUGAGCGAGUCGUGCGCGUGUUACGGCGCUUUGCUUGACUCCGUUGAGUCGACCGUUCCGAGUUCUAACUCGGACCGUGCCAAAGUGGAGGAGGGGAUCGGUCGGAAGCUGAUAAACGCGGUUGCGUGCGAAGGGAUCGAUAGGAUCGAGCGGUGCGAGGUGUUUGGGAAAUGGCGGAUGAGGAUGAGCAUGGCUGGGUUUGAGUUGAUGCCAUUGAGUGAGAAGAUAGCCGAGUCGAUGAAGAGUCGACUCAGUAACGGAAACCGAGUCCACCCUGGGUUUACAGUUAAAGAAGAUAACGGCGGUGUGUGCUUUGGUUGGAUGGGACGGACACUCGCUGUCGCAUCCGCUUGGCGUUAACUUCACACUAUUUUUACCUUCUUUUUUUUACUUUCUUCUUAAUAUUACUACCAUAUUAUUAUCGUUGCUAUUAAUUUCGGGAUAUUCUGAUAUUAUUAUUAUUAUUGUGAUUUUCAUUUUCGAAGUGUAUUGAUUAUUACAAGAUUGAGGAUCGAGGGAGAAAAAGGAAAGGUAGGAAUCUUAUGUAAAAUGGACUUUUAAUAUUUUAUUUUACUCAUAAUAAAGAAAAGAAUGAUUGGG